CGCAGGGCUUUUGAAUGCGGGCAGCCCCUGCCGCUGCCUGCCCUCCGGCCCCCCUGCCGCUGCCGCCCCUGAUUCCCCUGCCCCUGCGACACACCCUGCACGCUGCAAUCCCCCUCCCCUGCUGUGCCCCUUCUGCACCUGCCCCUGCCCUGCUACCCCUGCUGUCCUUCCCCAGGGCGUGUGGCCGGAGGAGCUGGGGGGUCAGUUCUACCCGCGGGAGCGGGGACCCAGCGCGCAGGCGUGGAUCGACAUCCUGAAGUCCGACAUCCUGCCCCUGUGGCCCGACCCCGAGGACCCCGCCCAGGCCGACGCGGGUGCCGGCAUCACGGAGCUGUUCGCCUACCUGCCGCAGUACCUGGGGCAAUCCUGGUCCAAUGGGGGUGCACUGGGAUACUGGAACCCCGGCCUCAGGAGGAGGAGCGCCGAGCGACCCGCGGGUCAGUUGGACCCGGCGGCGACUGCGGCUGCGGGAGGAGGAGUGUCUGCGGGAGGGCAGCAGCAGUUGCUGCAGGUGGUGCAGCAGGAGGAGGUGGUGGUGGUGGAGGUGGAGGUGCCGUCUCCGGUGGCGUUGGCGCAUUUCGUGCACGUGCCGGGGGGUGCAACGAACAAGCUAACGGUCAAGAUGGCCUCAGCCAACUGGGAUUGGGACAUCGCCCACGCCUCGCACCCCAACCGCGGCGUCUUCUUCGCCAGCAGUGCCGCUGCGCCCGUGCCGUACGUGCUCGCCUACUCCCCCUCCCUGGAGCGAUCCGAGUGGACGAGUGAGGCGGAGUUUGCGGCUGCCGUACUGUCGUUGAUGCGGGUGGCCAUGGAGAUGGGGCGGGCGGCGGCCUAUCCCGCUCCCCGCUGUAACGUCAGCUGGCUGGGAGGGGCGGGGAACAACCGCCUGCCCCUGCAGGUCUUCCAUGGUGCGCACAUCCCCUACGCGCCCGCCUCCGCCGGCUUCUCCGACCUGCGCUGCCUGUGGGGCGGCUACCUGCAGCACGGAUGCCAGGCGGUCAGGAGCUACUUCUCGGGGGGCCUGCUUGCUCCCGAGUUCGACCACUUGAUAGACCUGCUGCGGCCUCACAUGCCACCCAGCGACAACAACAACCCCUUUGUGAGUGGCAGCAACAGCAGCAGCGGCACCGCUAGCAAGGUCAGCGGUAUCAACCCAGCUGAAAGCGCGGCGCACCUAACCGAAUUGGGCUUCUCAGCGGAGGCUGUUGCAGCUGCAACCAACAUUUCCUUCAUCAUUCCAGGGACUACAACCGCCGCAACCGCUGCUACAACCGUUGGCAGCGGUGGCAUUAGCACCAUCGUACCAAACCUGGUGGUUACAGUUCCCUCGGAGGUGCUACAACCGCCACCGCCUGCUACUGCCUGGGACGUAACAGAGCUAGCAGCCCGGCUAUCCGAAUUGUACGGCGGUCCGAAAGAACCUAGUAGUACGACAAAUAGCGGCAGUACGACAACGGGUAGCUUUAGCAGUAGUGCGGGCAGUAACGGUGGCAGCAAACCGUUGGUGUUGGUGCUCCCGGAGGUACCCAAGUUGUCGCAUAAAUUGGGUCCCAAGCAUGUGCUGCUCCGGGAGCAAUUGGAAACGGGUCCGGAUCGAUCGACCAUGUCAUGUGAAUGGAUCCGUACGGGAAGACCGUACCGGCGGACACGAAGGAGGGCUCGAAUGGCAGUGUAGGUGGGGUGUACUUAACUAAGGAAUAUGAAGUGAAGGUUGGGUGGAGGAGGCGGAGGAGGAGGCGAGACGCGAGGGAGGGGCAUCUUGGUUGUGGGCUGAAGAGGUGGUUUGAACUUGCCUGGAUGGGCGCAUGUGGGUUGUGCUAGGUGUUGGUAAAGUGGAAAGGGGUAUUAGGCAUUGACGGUGUCGAGCCUGCUGGAGGUUGACAUGUGAGCUGAUGUAAAUACGUGGGAUAGGUGCAAGAGGCCUCCUAAAGUGGAACAUGCCGUGCUAAUGGUGGCCACCUCGCAAAUCGGGACAAGCUGAAGGAGUUCAGAACAGGGGUAGCAACCCCGCACGAUAUGCUCCCGUUGUACGGCUUGCAUCUGUCGCAUGGCUCCGAGACCAGUUUCACAACGAAAAUGCAAGCUCGGCGAUUGACUUAUCUUGUUGUUUCUUUACGAUGACUGACAGCCGCGAUGGCUGUCUUUGUGCUAAAUCCGCGUUUAGACGCCAGCAAAGUGCAGCAUGCAACACGUGUUGCUCAGCCAAGGAGGAUUGUUACUGUAAGAAGCUUUCUUAACGAAAAUGGAACACAGUCCGACGCCACUUGGCUUAGGGGCGCAGCUGGUGUUGUCGCGGGUGCCGCACUAUUAUGGACGGCAUCCGGAGUCUAUUCGCCUCCGGCUGGAGCCUUCACCGCUUCAAGCUCGACCGCAUCAUCGUCCAUCACAGAGGACCGUCCCAAGUAUCUCAUGUUGGAGCGGCAUCGCAUAGAGCGUUUAAUGCUAGGAGAAUUCGCUGACAGGCUGGCGGAGCUUAGCGACGAAGAGUUGACGGACCUCUUAGAAGACGUUAUGCGUAGCAGACACACCAGCAGCGCCCCGGAGCUCUGGGACAGAGUGGGUCGACAAACUGCCAAUCAGCAGGCUCGCUCGACUGGAGGCCGGCAUGACGCCUCACCACUUUCAAACGAGCAAACACCUUUUGCUCAAACAUCGGUCGCGCCCUCUUCCGCCAACACGGACACCGCGUCCAGUCCUCCUUACCGGGGCAUUGGCACGCCGAGCAUGGUGAUUGAAGAGCGUGGAAGUGCUCUCACAAGCAAUAGCGGCAGCAGGAGCAGCAGAUCCGAGGGGACGCCUCAAACGCGGGGUGGGGCAGAAAAAGCGCCCAAGUCAGCUUCCGAUACAAACCCCAAAGCUGCCGCUGCUAACCCCAUCCUCCGCGACCGGGAAGCAAUCAGCAGCCAGGCGUCCAGCAGUCCGCCAUCCUCCUCAGCCUCCUCUAACGCCCCCUCUCCGACACAGCCAGCACCGCAACCGCCUAGCAGCCAGCGGCAAGCUGCCAGCACUCCGCGUGGGCCCGAUCCCGUGCCCAGCAGGGCGGCCCAGGAGGAGGAGGAGGACGAUGAAGAGUUCGACUACACACGGCAGCUGCUGUCGCGUUCAUCUGGGUCGGAUGCAGCAAGCGUGAGUUCUGCAUCGCCCCUCCCACAGCCUACAACGCAACAGCAGCGGCAGCAAGAGGCGGCCAAAGCCGUUUCCCUUGCCGAAGCACCUUCCCUCACCAGCGAUACUACAACUUCUUCGGGCGAUGCACCCACCACCACCACCACCACCAGCGGAGGUGUUGCCCUGGUCCUCCACGCCCUAACCUCCCACCUGCCAGACCCAUCCUCCAUGCUUCCCAAUCCCCUGCCUAACCCCUUCGCCGGGUUAGAAGGCCACCUCCCAUGGCCCUACCCCUUCCCAGAUCUCCACCUCCCAGCUCUGCCCCUCCCAGCUGCUCUGCCUUCCGUUUCCCUUCCGCUGCUGCUGGAAGGGGUUUCGGAGCUCCUGCCUCGGAUCUGGGUCAACGUGCGCUACGCUGCAGCCAGCCUGGCGGACAGCGACGCGGCGUACGCGGCUCGGGAGGUGCUGGUGCCGGUUGGACUGGUGGCUGCGGGAACUGCGGGAGUGGUGGCCAUCAGCUCGUUGGUGGAUGCAGCUGCGGAGGCGCCACCGGACACACCCACAGCGGCAGCAUCGGGGACGGAACAGCAGCAGCAGGAGCAGCAGCAGCAGCAGGGAGGCCAGCAAUCCACGGGCUCGCCAUCGUUUCCCGGCAGCGGGGGGAGUGGGAGCGAUGGCGGGGCGCAAGGGGUUGCAGCGGCGAGCAACGCUGCGUUGCCGACCGCCUCCCAGCAGGGCCCACAACAGCAGCAGCAACAACAGCAGCCUGAGCAGGGGCCGGGACCGUUGCAGCGGUUAUGGGGUCUGGCCUCCACGUUGCCCUUGCCAUUCCUCACGCGACAGGGCGCAGCGGAAUCUGCACCCGGUGGCGCAGCCAAGCCUUCCCCCACGGCGUCCCCAGCCCCGGCCCCAGUGCCAAUACCACAGGUUGCUGCUCCUGCUCGAGAGGUGUUGCAAACUACGCAGCCCCCUAGCAGCGCAAGCCAGCCUGCGUCGCUCAACGGGUCAGUGACGGCGGGAUCCGCGCAGCAAGGAGAUGGCACUGCCGCUGCUGCUGGCGGCAAGGCGGGUGCGUUACAAAACCCCCGACUGUUGCGGUUGUUGGACAACGGUCCUGGGUCGCAGAUCCCUGGGGUCGGCUCGGGUCCUCCUGCUGCUGCUGCUGCUGCUGCUGCUCGCCAGGGGCAAGCUGGGAGCUUGCUGCCUGGCACGGAAUCCGCGUCGGAGUCGCCAACAUCAUCGUCAGCAGGGGCCCCCGCAGCGCCCACGGUUCUGUGGACGCGACGGGGAUCCGGCGGGGAUGCGCCUCAACAACAACCACAACCGCAGCAGCAGCAGCAGCAGCAGACCGGCACGCCUGGGUCGUCUUCAGGAGGAGGAGUGCUCUGGCAGCGGGGUGAGGCGGGUGCGGGUGCAGCGGCCGGAGCUCGGAGGCAAACCAACAACCGUCAACGGUGGCCCCAACCGCCGCCGCCUCCACCGCCGCCGCCGCUCUCCGACAUGCCUCCGCCGCCACCGCCGCCGGGCAUGCCGCCUCAGCUGCCUAUGGGUGCGAGCCCAGCUGAGAUGUUGGCCCAAUCGGCGAGGAGCAGCAACAGCAGCAAUGGCAACGUCACCUUGAAUGGCACGGUUGGGGACAACGGUCUCACAGGGUCCGUGGCUGGUGCAGCUGCAACAUCCCCUGCCCUAACAGCAGAAUUUGCUGUUACUGCCGGUACCACUAGUGGCAUCGGGGCAUCCUUCGGCAUCCCGCCUGACCCAUGGGUCACUUCCUCAGCCACAUCCGUGCACUCCGAUCCUGCCCCGGCGCAUGGCAGCGCUGGUCCUGCAGGUGCCCCCGUUCCAGGUGAGGCUGCUGGGGCCUCAGGGGGGGCAGCCCCCGGGCAACAGCUUGCGAGCGGGGGCCAGCUGCCCCUCUCGCCACCAGCGGAUGGGGUGUCUCCCUGGGAUCUGCCGCGGUAGGUGUUUCAUCGCACAUGUUGCAUAGCUGGCUACCUCUUCCUUUGCUGGAGAUAGUGCUUGAGGAGGGAGGCAGGGGAGCCUGACAUGUUGAAGUGGGCUUGGAGAAGUGGCUGUGUGAAUGUGUGAAGUGUGGCCUGUAGCCGCAGCUGCAUGAGGGGUGUGGCUGCAGGGACGUGCAGGAUGGGGCAUGGCGCUGAAGGGGGAGUUACUGGUGCUGUAACGGCUCUUGCGCUCGGUGUGGGAUUCUAGGCUAGAGUAAAGACAUGUGAACUAGCAUAUAACUAGAUGUUAUGUUCAGGCGUCGCAUGUACUGACGCCACGCAUCGCAUUAUGCACAUCUUCAUUCAGCGAUUGCAGCAAUGCAAACAGUAAGUUAAGGGCGUUUCAUUUGCCGCCUUUAACGUGCACACGGGUAACCGUAUGAGGUAUGACAUGUGGGCAUCAGUGCGUGUGUGCAGGGUCUCUUUGCGUCUUGCGGACAUGUGCCCGGUGAUAAGGACACAGAUGUGCAUAUGUGUUUACACAAGUAGCUUCUGUGACGGACUGUGUACAUGAGUAUGGAGUAUGCCGCCUCUAAGUCGGAAGAGCAUUGAAUGCUAUGCCAACGGCAUAGGGGCUAUUACGAGUCCCGAUUUGUGUAGUCCGUGUAACUGUAUGGUCGUUCGGAGAGCCUUUUAGGGGCCUUCUGUCCUCUCUGUCGGCAUGUAACGGUUACAGCUUUG